AUGAUAUGGCUCUUAUUCUUAUUUAUUCAUGAAAUAUUAUCUAAUAAUGGCAACACAAUUCUAAAAAAUUUAGGAGAAAAAGAGUAUUCUUUAAUAAAAGCAAAAUCAUCAUUACCACAACAUGGAAAAUGCUGGCAUAUGGCACUCCAAACAUUACAAGAUAGCUGCGACAAAUUAAAUGAUUAUGAACAUUCUCUCCUUGCUUUGCGUUUAGCGAAUUGUUUUUUAGAAGAUUCUGGUCACAUAACUUAUGACUGUCAUCUUAAUCAGUUGGAAGAUGAGCGUCGAAAGUGCAUUAAUGAAAUGGGAGAUCGAGCAUUCAGUGUUUACAAUGAAUUCUACAUUCAUGCAACUCAUAUCUGUUUCUUUUUGAACCAUGAAGCUUGGCAAUCUGAGAUUGAUAAUACUAUAAAUUUAUUAUUUCAAGUAUCUUCACGAAUGAAAGAUCAAUUAUUGGAAGCAUCACAAAUGCAAGGUGUAAUAUUGAAUAGUCAAAAAGAAGGUUUACGUAUUCAAAAUGAACUUUUAGAUCACGGUAAAGAACUUGGGACUGUAUUAAAGACUUCAUCUGAGACAGUUAACAGUAUGGUGUUAGAUUUCAAAGAAUCCGCCAAAGACCAAAAAGAGUUGCUUUAUGAAAUAUUUUCUUACAUACGCACUUUUCAAAAUUGGAUUAUUGGAGAAGUGUCUUGGUUUCAAUCUAUUAUAUUUUAUACUGUUAGCUGUAUUCUUUGUGCAUUAUUCAGUUCUUCUAAAAGAACAGUUGAUGCGAGAGUUACACUUUUUAGCAUCUUGAGUUUAAAUAUAGUGAUUGAAAGGAUAUUAGUUCAAUAUUAUAAUAGAACUGUACCUCAAUCUCCAGAUAAUAAGGCCCAAUUGUUAAGUACAACAUGGUUGUAUAGAAAUAUUGCCUUAAUACUUUGUGCCAUAACAUUAAUCUGUACAUAUUAUUAUUACAAAGACAAACAUUUGGAAAAUUGUAAGACUUUACAAAGAAUUGAACAACAGUUGAAUGUGAUACAAAAGACAGUAGCUGUCUCCAAUAAUAUUGAGCCAAUUCGUUAUUCCAAACGACUUACAUUAAGGCGAUUACAUGCUGUUUCUAGUAAACAAGAAGGUAUCACUGACAUUAAAAAUAUUAAGUAAUUAUCUUACUAAAAAGAUUUCAUCAAGAAAAUAAUUUUUAUUGCAUAAUAAUAAUUUAUAGUGUAAAUGAUUGAAUGAUAAUGUAUAGUUAAAUAAUUGAAUGAUAA